AUAGUGAUUACAUGUAUGAAAUUUCCGCGCCAACAACUUGUCUUUCUCUAGAGUCGGACCACAACCCUAACAACCUCGAUGCAUUUCCCUCUCAAUCUCAUCAAUCUCAAUUCUCUCUCUUUCCUCUAAUCUUUCUUCCUCUGAUCUCACGAUCAACAAAUGGAGGUCGACGAUCGCUUUCUUGAAUUGAAUACCAAGACCUGCGUCGUGUUGGGCGGCCGUGGAUUUCUCGGCCGAUCGCUGGUUCUCCGCCUCCUCAAACUCGGCAAGUGGAAUGUUCGUAUCGCGGAUUCGGCUAACUCGCUUGAACUUGAUCCAUCUGAGCAUGAUUCUCUGCUUUCUGACGCGCUUAUCGCUGGCCGGGCUUCGUAUUUUCAUGUCGAUGUUCGCAAUAAGGAUCAGAUCGUUGCAGCUCUCAGUGGUUCUUCUGUCGUGUUUUAUAUGGACUAUGAAGAUUCACAUUCAAAUGAUAUUUAUCUCUCAUACAUGUUUAUAGUUCAAGGUGCCAAAAAUGUCAUUAAUGCUUGUCGAGACUGCAAAGUAAGACGGCUAAUAUUCAACAGUUCAGCUGAUGUAAUUUUUGAUUGUUCGCGUGAUAUACUUAAUGGAGAGGAAUCAUUAACAUACCCAUGGAAAUUUGAGGACAUGUUGAGUGACCUAAAGGCUCAAGCUGAAGCACUCAUUCUGUUUGCCAACGAUAUAGAUGGACUUCUAACAUGUGCACUUCGCCCUAGCAAUGUUUUUGGGCCAGAAGACACCCGACUUGUUCCUUUUGUAGUGCAUCAGGCAAAAUCUGGUUUGGCAAAGUUAAUUAUAGGGAAUGGUGAAAACAUGUCUGACUUCACAUUUGUUGAGAAUGUAACCCAUGCCCAUAUCUGUGCAGAAGAAGCACUAGAUUUUCGAAUGGUGUCUGUGGCUGGAAAGGCAUUUUUCAUCACUAAUUUUAAACCCAUGAAGUUUUGGCAAUUUAUAUCUCUCAUUUUGGAAGGCUUGGGUUACCGGAGGCCAUCAGUAAAACUUCCAUGCAAGGUGGUUUGGAAUGUUCUCUUGUUUAUGAAAUGGAUUGAUGAAAAGUUUGGAUUCAAUAAAUAUAAUCAUUCCACAUGGGCUCAUUACAUUCAGCUAGCCUCAUGCACUAGAACCUUUAACUGUUCUGCUGCACAUAAACAACUUGGGUACUCUCCUGUAGUCUCGUUGGAAGAAGGCAUCACACUGACCAUUAAAUCAUUUUCACAUUUGCGCAAAGAAUUGUCUCUUGCGAGUUUCACUGAAUUUACUGACGAAUCAAAAGCUGAUAAGCUACUGGGUGGUGGACGAGUUGCCGAUGUAUUGUUAUGGCGAGAUGAGAAAAAAUCAUUCACGUGUUUUCUUGCUUCAUCUCUAUUGUUUUAUUGGUUUUUUAUACGUGGAGGAACUUUUAUAUCAUCGGCAGCUCAACUUCUGUUGUCUAUCAUUGUCGUCCUUUAUGGAUAUGGGUUCAUACCACCAAACAUAUACGGGUUUCCUGUUCAAAAACUAUCUGUGACAGCAUUUCGACAAUCUGAUUCGGUAGUAAGAGAUUCAAUCAUGACCCUAGCAUGCUUGUGGAAUAGAGGUGUACAUAAUGCAAGAGCAUUGGCCCGAGGAGAGGAUUGGAACUAUUUUCUUAAGGCUGUUGCAGUUCUUUAUCUUCUCAAGCUGCUACUCGAACGAUCCUUGACUAUGAUGUUAGGCAUGGGACUAGUGUUUGCGUUCACUGCAUUCUUUGUGUAUGAGCAAUAUGAAGCCGAGAUAGACGAAUUCGCAAAGUUCUUCUUCAUCGGCAUCAUGGAAUUAAAGAGACUACUUGCAAGCCAUUUACCAACACCAUUGAUGUCAUUUCUCUGUUGUGACAGAGUACCACAUCAAGCUACAGUGUCAAAGCGAUAGAGCAGAAUCCCAAAACAUACGAGGGUCGGAAGACUUUUUGGGUGUAGCUCCUUUUGAUCGAUUUGUUAGCUUGUUCGUGUGUCUACCAGAAUAUGUAGAGCCUUUCCACCUAGUAGAAGCACAGAAAUGGAGGUAAUCUAUCUUAUUACAAACUCAACCUGCUUUUUAACUCCUAUGUCAAAGAUUAGAAGCCGAAUAAGAUUUUGAAAUUCGAUACAUAGUGUAGAUGAGUGGACACCAAAAUGCAUAUAAAUAUUCGGGUGAGUCUAGUUUUUGCCUCAUUUUCUAUCAACAACAUUACUUUGUACUAUUGGUAGCCAGCAGCAGCUAGUGCAGUUCUUCAAAUGUGGGGCUGCAAGUUUGUUUUCCUUGAAACACUAUAUAGCCUUCGAAAAGAUGAUGCAAUUCCCCCUCA